CCCUGCCUGCAGCUCUGCUCCGGCUGCACCCAGUCUCCUCGGCCUCCGCAACCCCCUUCCCGCCAAAACCAACAACCCUAAACCCCCAUGCCCCCCGCCGCCGCCGGCCAUGCGCCGCCUCCUCCUCCCUCUCCGCCGCUGCCGCCUCGCUGCCCCAGCCCGUAGCUCCUCCGACCCGCCCGCGAUGCCGCCCGCCCCCUCUGCUUCCACCUCCCCGUCCCCUCCCCUCCGUUUCCCCGCCGCCGCCGCCGCAGCGGGGUCCCUGCGGUACGGGCGGCGGAGGUUCUCGUCGGCGGCGGCGGCCGUAGGCGGGAGAGAGGCGGGGUUUCCGGCGAGGGAGAGCGCGGAGCUUCUCGGCAUCCCCGGGGUCGGGCCCCGGAACCUGCGGAAGCUCGUCGACGGCGGGUUCAGGGACCUCGUGCGCCUCAAGCAGCUGUACACGGAUAAACCUGUGGGUGGGUCUUCUGAGAAGAUGGUUCAGUUUUUGCAAAGUUCUGUUGGAAUCAUUCAUAAGAGCCAUGCAGAGAGCAUAACAUCCUUCGUGAAAGACAAUGUUGUUCGGGAACUGAAAGAGGAGAGUAAGGUGCCUGACAUGCAAUCGACCAAGAACAAGAGAAUCACCUUUUGUGUUGAGGGAAACAUCAGCGUGGGGAAGUCUACCUUCUUACAGAAAAUUGCUAAUGAGACUGUUGAGCUGCGUGAUCUUGUGGAGAUUGUACCUGAGCCAGUCUCGAAAUGGCAGGAUGUUGGUCCUGAUCAUUUCAAUAUUUUGGGCGCCUUUUAUGCUGAACCACAGAGGUAUGCCUACACAUUCCAAAAUUAUGUGUUUGUAACAAGGCUCAUGCAAGAAAAGGAGUCCUCUGGAGGAAUAAAGCCGCUCAGAUUGGUAGAACGGAGCAUCUUCAGUGAUCGAAUGGUCUUUGUUCGUGCUGUUCAUGAAGCUAAUUGGUUGAAUGGAAUGGAGCUGAGCAUUUAUGACUCUUGGUUUGACCCUGUGCUGUCAUCUCUUCCUGGCCUUAUCCCUGAUGGAUUUAUCUAUCUUAGAGCUACCCCUGAUACUUGUCACAAGAGAAUGAUGCUUCGAAGUAGAUCUGAAGAAGGAAAUGUCACAUUGCAGUAUCUGCGAGAUUUGCAUGAGAAACAUGAAUGCUGGUUACUGCCUUCUCAACAUAAGGAUCACAGACUAUUCUCAGCAAGCCAAUUGCCGUAUAGCAUGGACCACUCCUUGCACCCUGAUAUUAAAGACAGUGUGUUUUAUCUUGAAGGGAGUCAUAUGCAUUCUAGUAUCCAGAAAGUUCCUGCUCUUGUACUGGACUGUGAACCAAAUAUUGAUUUUAGCCGGGACGUCGAAGCUAAAAGAAAGUAUGCUUCGCAAGUAGCGAUUUUUUUUGAAUUUGUGAAGAAACUGAAGGAAGCUUCACCGGCCCCAAUCAUUGAUGCAAAAGCCAAGAGUCCGCAAAUCUUGCUUCCUCACAGUGGGGGUCUAUUGCUCCGUGAUGGCAACCAUUUGUCUGAAUCUGGUUUGAAGCCACUGACUUUGUAAUGGAUAAUGCCAUCUGUUUUGUGGUAGGGGCAAUAGUUGUAGGAAUCCUAGACUUUAGCAAAGGACGCAUCUUAAUAUUUCUUUAGAUGACCAGUUCUCAUAUUCCCCAGCUGAAAGAAAACUGCACAAAUUUAUUAACACAUAGUUAUGAACUACUGAAGUUAGGUCAGCUCAACUCAUUUUCUUCAGAAUUUGUGCAGCUUUCUUUAAUGUGGAACAAAGUAGCGUAUUCCAAAACUGUUUGCUCUGUAAGCUUCUAGAUUGCCAUCUGCUGGAUGGUAUAUGUCUGGAGAUAGGCGUUAGUUCAUCUGUAUAUGAUCUGUAGGUUGUUUUGUGGUUGUGGCAUUGCAUUUGACUAAAAUGCAUUAUCCUUAGUGAUAGUUCCGUACUAAUGCUCUGUGUUAGUUACUUUCCUAGCAUAGGAUUUGAAUUAUUUUGAAGGCAUGCCAAAGUACCAAGAACUGUUUUGGUGGUAAAA